GGAGUUUAGUUGUAUCAUAAGUCAAAUGUUAUGAUUUGGUCUUUUUGAAGAUUUUAUGAGUGGUAUUUUUCUUAAAUGUACAGUGAAUAUCAAAAGAAGUUUUAAGUCAUGCAAAAUAAUUAUUGGAACCAGAGAGAUCAUGGAAUCAGCACUAUUUCUAAAAGUGGAGUAUCGGAUAUGAUAAAUCAAGUUAAGAAAACGAAAACAAAUACAACAAAAUACAGCAAUUUUCCACUCUAUUUAAGAACAAUCUUCAAAUCCUCUUUAAUAACCAGUUUUCCAGAAAUUGCUACAGCUAAAACAUGGGUGAGAAGAGUCUUAAAAAUUCUGGUAUUUCUGGGAUGCUUGUGCGGCUUUAUCUAUCAAACAUAUAAUUUUCUUAUCUUGUAUUUAUCCUAUCCUACAACUGUAAAUGUUCAAAUCACCAAUCCUUUUGAGAUUGUUCAACCUGCACUGACAUUCUGCAAUAAAAACAGGCAAAGACGGUCAGUUAUCUGCAAAAAGGUUAAAAAUCAAUGCACAUUUCUACCUGAAAAUAGAUUUUGCACGCAAUAUCCAAGGUACUGUCCAGGGGGUAAAAGGAAUUUUUUCGGGGUACCAUUCCUAAAUUCAAUAAUGGAAGAUAAGCUUUCAUGGGAACAAACUAGCAAUGAAUCUCACACAAAAGAUAUCAUUUCAUCCUGCAAAAUACAUCUCGAAGGAAAAAUAAAAGAUUGCGUUAAGCCUUAUCGUAGAGUACCAACUGUAAGUAUUGAAUCAAAACCUAACUACUGCUAUACAAUAGAGUCGCAGUGGGAAAAACCAAAUUCAACGGAUGAAAUUCAUCCAAAUACUUUCUAUUAUGACAUCAAUUUAAGAACUCAGCCAGAAGAAUACAUUGUAUAUUCAGAUCCUGUUCAAAUUUAUGUUGCUGUUCACGAUCGUAGGAGGUUGGUUAAUCCCUAUACGGAAGGGUAUGUUUUGAAAGGGGGAGUCAAGUAUCAAGCUUACGUUUCUAUGACAGAAGAAAUAAGCUUGCCAUAUCCAUAUAAAACUGAUUGUACAGACUACAUUCAUCUGUGGAGAGAAAAUAAUGGAACUGGUCCUCUUAAUCAGCUGAUGUGUAUCGAGUUUUGCAAAUUGAAUACUUUAAAACAACAAGGUUCUUGUAUUGAUGAAAACGUUGCAUAUCCUCAUGAAGAAGUUCUAUGUAAAAAAGGAGUUGUUACAGCCACUAGUAACAUAGUUGAAAAAUGUACAAAACAAUGCCAUCCACCUUGCAAUGAUCAAAGGUAUGAAGUGAGAACCGACGAAGUAACACGUUUUGAUCAUUUAUGUCAACAAAGCAAUGAGAAUUGCAAACAUGCAGCUGUCAUAGUGGUAGUGUCAUUUCAAAGGUUCAGAGUAACCAAAUUUAUUUAUCAACCGAAAUUUGAAACUGUAGAGCUUUUUAGCUACAUUGGAGGAUAUAUGGGAAUGUGGUUAGGAUUAUCUCUGGUUUCUCUGUUUGAUCUGGCUGAAACACUUGCAUACUUAUUUUAUUAUCCUGUUGGCCGAAUGAAUUUAAAAUCAAAAAAGAAGAAAAAAAGAAGAGUAAAUCCAUUCAGUCAGAAUUGGGAGAGAAAUAUGUCACUAUAUUAAAAUUUUUACAAUUUAAUAAUAUUUUUUAUUAAUUAUGACCUGAUAAUAUACCUGAAGGAGCUGAUUUUAUUGAAAUUUAGAUUAUU